AUUUUUUUGUGUUUAUAUAGAUUAUAUAGGAUGUAAUGAUAGCAAGUCUUAUAAAAUGCAUCCUGCUUUUACUGAUGUUGCUGCUACCUUCUUCAUUCUCUAUGAAUUGCAUGUCGGGAAAGGGAAAUAUAUGCACAUGCAAACAAAGACGAGGAAUACCGUGGUCAAUACCGACAGAUAGAACCGCUCCUGCUGUGCAUAAUGUCAACGCCCGAUUUUUUGUUGAAUCCGAGAGGAUUGGCAUUAAAGUAAAAUGGAGCUAUCGAGUUACGUAUUUGCCAGACAUUUCUGGAGGAUUUUUGAUUGAAGUACUAUAUUCUAAAGGUGACCCAAAAUAUUAUCACUGCAAUGUGACAGUUCAAAGAACUAGAUCAAAGAAACCCUCUAUUACAUUCCAAUUCAUAUAUGGAACUGGUACUGUACGACCAAAGGAUGAAUUUCUGUUUAAAAUAUCAUCACUUCCGCUCUAUACUUUUGAUAGCAAGCCAUCUAGCGAAUCAGUUACAUUACUUGUUAAAGGUUGCAAACACAAAGAUAUAUCACGAACUAUAUACUGUAAAAGAGACAGAAAAAAAGUUUCUAUCAGGAUAGAUGAGAACCCAGUACAUGAUCAAACAAUCUUUGAUCAAAGAAUCUUUGUUACCCUUUUUGUGUUGUGUGCGAUCCUCAUCACUCUACUGAUAUUUUAUUUUCUGGCCAUCAUAUGCAUAUGCAACAAACCAGGAUUUCCUACUCUGACUCGUGUUAAUCCUAGAACAAUAUUAAUUGUUGGCAAUGUUGACAAUGAAAGAAAAAUAUUAUUGACUAACGGACUUUAUAACGUUUUACGUUCAAAUGGAGGAAAUAAUGUAUACACCAUCUCCAAUGUUCAAAAUAUGAAUGCAAUUGGACAAGAAGGAAUAACUGUUUGGUUGUCUAAAAAAAUGUCGACAUCAGAUGUUUGUAUCUUCCUGACUGACAAUGAUCUGACAAAUGACAAUAGUCAUGUCAAUAUCGCAAUUGGUUUAGCAAAGAGCAUGAUAUUAAAAAAACACCAUAUCAGAGCCACGCGCAAAAAGAUCAUUCUUGCUCACUGGAACAACACUAUCCACCAUGACAAUAUUGAAAAUCUAGUAUUUUGCCAACAUUACCAUCUUAUAACAGACAUCAAAAAACUAUUGAAACAUGCUCUCGGAGAGCAUUUUUAUUGCACGCCUCAAAAUUGUGACGAUUCAAAGGAAUUAUUAUGCAGAUUAUUAUCUACUUUACCCCAAUCAGAGUCUAUAAUCAGUAAUGUCGCUAAUAUUAACGACCUCAGUAAUACAGAUGUCAUUGAAAUCUGUGAAGAAGAAGAAACAAUGAAUAUACUAAACCUAGAUGAAUUACCAUCUAUUGAAUGCAACACAUGAAUUUCCGUCAUCCGGUGUCUAAUUACUGAUCCCUAUCUAUCCAAUCUUGGAUAUUAUAUAGUACAUAACAUAGAAGGAUCUAAAGAAAAAAAAUUUGUACAUUUUUUUUAAAUUAAAGACCUCAAUAUAUCUAAGCCAACUUCUUACCUUAAUGAAAUGUACAUACACAAUUAUGCAACUUGCCCUAUCUAACUAAGCACAUUUAUUACAUUACUAAAUUUCCACUGUAAUACAUGAAUUUUUUGUAUCAUAUAUUUUUCUAUUUUGUAUUAAAAUGAACCUUGUCAUUUUUCAAUGAUUUGUCAUCAUUGAUGUUGACAAACAUUCCCAUAAUUAUCAUGUCUGAGUGAUUCAAAAUUAAAGUUAUUUAUGUAGAAUUUAGGUAGGCCCCAUCAAUGCUAUACAUUUAUUUAUACUACAAUUUUCAGGUUUUUGUAUUUUCAAUACAUUAUCACUUGUGUUGUUAUGCUUAACAAAAUAUGUGUGUUUAUUUUUAGA